CUUGCUCUCUGUCUGCUUCCACCAGCUGAUGCUCCGCUUCUCGCGAGAUCUCCGUCCUCCUUGUCUUCUUUCCCUUACGUGUUGGUGUUAGUGACAUUGAGUAGCAGCUGGUGAGAGCACCGGCUCAACGGGACUCUUCUUUUCUUUUAACGAGCCACCGAACUCACUUGGAUCCCUUAUGACAUCGAAGUCGAAAGUAAACGGCAAAACCUCCCGGAUGCCGUCAGCCGAGGCGGCAGUGAGCGGGCUGAAGCAGUGCCGGCAGGCCCAGGAGCAGCUGGAGGAUGCCAUCAGCAGGGUGACGAAGGCCGAGCAGGAGUUGAGGGAAAACGCCAGAGAGGUCCGUGCGGAGCUGCAGAGCUGUGUGAGCCGCCAACAGGAGGCACUGCGCUGCAGGGAGGUGUGGCUGCUUGGACAGAUCGAGCUGCUGGAACAACUCAAGACUGAAACUCUGCAGCAGCAGCUGCACCAGCUGCACAGGCUCCGAGGUCAGUUUGAUGUCCUAGUCCAUCAGAUGCACAGCUCCAACAGCAGCAACGACCUGAGCAACCAGCUGACCAGCUGCAUGGAGAGGUUGUCCUCUCUCAGUCUGACUCCAGAGGAAACACCUGAGCUGAGUUUCCAAGGCGACGCUCGCUCUCUGAGGCAGGCCAUCACCUCAUUUGGCUGCAUCACAGCUCAGCCCGUAGAAGGCGUGUCCUCUCAGAGCUCCGCCCACAACAGACGUCAGAUGCAGAGCUGUCCUAUUGCUGCCAAGAAACAGAAGAUGGAGGCUGCAGCUCUGGGUGAAUGGCUGCUUGGAACUCAACCUGCGAUCAGAGCCACGGCUAGUCACAUGUUCAGCAAGAACCCUGAAGACUGGCUGGCGGCAAACAAGGAGACCAAGACUUCCUGCCCCGCUCUGGCCACAAUUGACUUCAUGCAGGCUUGGGGUCAGCUCAGAGACCUGGAGGCAUGGCUCCUCCAGGAACAGCCGACCCCUGUCAGCAGGGAGAGGACUCACAGCAGCUGCAGCUCCUCCUUCUCCAUUGAGAAGAUCGACGAGUCCGAGUUCAUCACCUCUCCUGAAGAGGAGGAUGAAGAGGACAUAAGCGACUGGCUCAUCACCCCCUCUCCUCUUCCCAUGGACACCGUGUCGGACGCGGAGCGGUGGCAGAGAGUGCUGAAGCCGUUUGAAGACAACUGGCUGUCCAGUGAUUGGCUGGUGGAGUCCAGCCCUCCGACCGCAGACUGCUCCUCCUGCUGCCAGACCACCAAGGCCGUAGAGAUCGAGAAUCUGGGCCUUCUCAAGUGCCUGAAGACCCCUCCCGCCUCCACCCCUACCACCCCGACCCCCGCAACCUCCCCUGCAGCCCUGGAGGCAUGGCUGCAGCAGGUGGUGCCACUGCAGCAGACCUGCAAGGCCAACGAGGUGUGCUCCACUUACUCGGCCUGCGUGUGUGACGAGAACUGUGGGAGAGAAGCUCUGAACCUCUGGCUGCUCAAACAGGAUGGGCGGGACAAAAACGGAGUCCCUGUAACAAAGAACACCUCACCCGCUGCCAAAAACGCCCCAGCAACCACUGACAAAAACGCCCCACCCACCACUGACAAAAACGCCCCGCCCACAACCCCAAAGAAUGUCCCACUCGUCCCCGUCAAGAGCACCCCACCUCCCCUGAACCUGAGGGAGAAGGAGCAGAAGGUUCAAGCUAUCCUGGAGGCCUGGCUCCACCCGGCCAAACCUUCCUCCACCUGCAGGGUUCCUCUGCAGGCUCUCACCUCCUCCCUCUCCAGCUGGGUGAUCCCUGAGGAAGAGAAAGCCAGCAGGGAGGAACACAGCUCCCAAUUCAAGUCCUCCUCCUCUUCGUCUCCUUUCCAGCACCCUCUCGAUCCAGGUCUCUGGGUUCUUCCAGGACAGACGCCCCCUCCUUCUCAGAGCUCAGAAUCAGAAGGUCAACACCACCCUGCAGGAGAGGAGGACAAGUGGCUGCUGAAGAAGAGGAGUCAGGCUCAGGAGCCUCUGGCACUGCCCACCGUCUGUGACCUGUUCUCCUGUAUGAAAGUGGGCGGAGACAAAGACAAGUGGCUGCACAGAGCCGCUGAACAGAUGUGACGAUGACGACGAUGGAUGUUUCUUCUUCUUCCCUCUGGGAAACUCUGUCACUGAUGUGCGCACACGAUCACAACAAUCUAACCACGCCGCCACUUUCUUCCUGUGAGGACCCCACGCCGAGCCGCUGCCCGCCUCUCAUCCAAUCAGGACAAAGGACUCAUCCAUCAGCUCUCUACGUGGACAUUCAUUCUCCGGUUUGAGCCCACAGCCUUAGUUUAGGAAGGAACAGACUCUUCUGCUGUGGUCCAGUACUCGGGAUCAAACCUGUUUUUAUGGUUUCAGUUAAAGUAUGGACAGACGCUCCUCAAUGAUAGGAACUGAAAACGGCAACAGCUCUUCUUUUGUUCUUCUUCACCAUCGAGUGAAAUAACCGGCACACUUUAUCAUUAUGACCGCAGUGAGCUGCUGAUCUGCUUUAUGGGGGACACUUCUCCCAGAAUGCAUUUCACCAGCUGAUCCUGACGAGGAGAGGGGGCGGAGUCUGAGGAACAGGGUAGACGCACAGGGCGGAGAUAUAUUUAGCUCAUAAGUAGCCUUUGAUUGAAUGCAGCAUAUUUUAACCCGUUUUAUGAUUUGACUUUUUAAGAGAACCUCUACCUGCUCAGGUGGAAUCCUCCUUUUCUUCUUCUAUGAAGCUGCUUCACUACAGAGAUCUAUUUCCUGUCCAGACUGCAGGCUGUGUCAUCACUUCCUCAGUCUGGGGUUUUAUUCUUUUUUUAACAAAAGGUGCAGUCCGCUAGUGUUUAGGUUUCCACAUGCUCCGUCGUGUUUCUUUUGCUUUCCUCACUGAACUCUGUUCUCUAACUCCACGAGAGUUUCACUUUGUGUUUGUUUAAUAUAUCUUUGGAUAUAAAUGACUUCAUGUUAAAUUGUUUUAUCUCCUGAGUGUAGCCUAGCAGGCAGACUUUCAUCUAACGCUUGUGAACGCCGAGGCUUGUCGCGUGUAAUCAACCGUCUGAAAGAGAGAGUGAGAGCUGAAACAGAUGAAGGGAACUCUGUGUCCCAUGAUGCCUUGGAUGGAGACAACCUGCACGGUGUCUGAAGACGGGUCACGUGACUCUGCUGUCAGCAGUGAUUGGUGCAUUUAUUGAAGCUCUGUGUAAUUUUUGGUGUGUUUUGGGGGUGAUGUCUUCAGUACUCUCUUCCUGAUGUGAUUCUAAGCUAAAUAAAACAUGCCGACAUCUUCA